CCUUGUUCCAAUCUGUCUGCUGCGCUCAUCUCUUAAGAGGGGUUAACAGUGGAGAAGACUCAUCCCCAUUCUGUGCCAAUCACCUGAGUGUGAGAGAUACACAGAGAGAGAGAGAGAGAGAUAGAGGGAGAGCGGGCGAGCAAGAACAUCUCUCCAGCAAGCUGGCCUCAUCUUCCAGCUGUGGGCACAGAAUCUGACGGAGCGAAACGGAGACUGGGAAAGCCCCGAGCAACACGAUGAAGAGGUACCAAGAACAUCAUCUGCAGCAGCCCAUCACUCCUGACCUUUUGAUGACCCCCAGUGAUCGUGAUGAUGCAGAGCUGGACAUAGAAUACCCUGAAGAGAGAGGGAACUGGACAGGAAAGUUGGAUUUCCUACUAUCGUGUAUUGGAUACUGUGUUGGCUUGGGAAAUGUCUGGAGGUUUCCAUAUAGAGCAUACACAAAUGGAGGAGGGGCUUUCCUUAUUCCAUACUUCAUCAUGUUAGCCAUCUGUGGAAUUCCCCUCUUCUUCAUGGAACUGUCCUUGGGUCAGUUCUCUAGCCUGGGGCCCUUAGCUGUGUGGAAAAUAAGUCCACUUUUUAAAGGUGUUGGGAUGGGCAUGCUUUUCAUUGUGGCCCUAGUGGCCAUCUACUAUAACAUGAUAAUAGCCUACGUGUUAUUCUACCUCUUCGCCUCUCUGACCACCAGCUUGCCCUGGAAGCAUUGUGGCAACUGGUGGAACACUGAGCUCUGCCUUGACCAUCAUGUGAUGCGGUCCAGCAACUCUGCACUUCCAAUAAACAUCAGCAGCACUGUUAGCCCCAGCGAGGAGUAUUGGAGUCGCUACGUUCUUCACAUCCAAGGGAGUACUGGAAUUGGGGAUCCGGGACAGAUUCGAUGGAAACUGUGUCUGUGUCUUCUCCUGGCCUGGACUAUUGUCUAUCUAUGCAUCCUAAAGGGAGUGAAGUCUUCUGGCAAGGUAGUAUAUUUCACAGCUACAUUCCCUUACUUGAUACUCAUCAUGCUUCUAGUUCGAGGUGUUACAUUGGAAGGAGCCUGGAUCGGGAUUAAGUUCUACCUAACACCACAAUUUGAUCACUUACUGUCAUCGAAGGUAUGGAUUGAAGCUGCACUUCAGAUCUUUUACUCACUUGGAGUUGGAUUUGGUGGCCUACUAACUUUUGCAUCGUACAACACUUUCCAUCAAAACAUUUACAGGGACACAUUUAUUGUUACUCUUGGAAAUGCUUUUACCAGCAUACUAGCAGGGUUUGCCAUCUUUUCCGUGUUGGGCUACAUGUCACAGGAGCUGGGAGUUCCAGUUGAUCAAGUGGCUAAAGCAGGUCCUGGACUGGCCUUUGUGGUAUAUCCACAAGCCAUGACAAUGCUUCCUCUGUCUCCUUUCUGGUCAUUCCUUUUCUUCUUCAUGCUUUUGACUCUGGGAUUAGACAGUCAGUUUGCCUUCAUGGAGACCAUUGUGACGGCCAUCACAGACGAGUUUCCCUAUUACCUCAGACCAAAGAAAGCUUUUUUCUCUUUUAUCAUCUGUGUUGUGCUGUUUCUGCUAGGGUUGAUCCUCACCACUGAUGGUGGAAUGUAUUGGCUGGUCUUUUUGGAUGACUACAGUGCUGGAUUUGGCCUCCUGGUGAUAGUGAUCACAUUCUGUCUUGUGGUUUCAAGAAUAUAUGGAAUAAAGUAUUUUUGCCGAGAUAUACAAAUGAUGCUUGGAUUCAAACCAGGAAUCUAUUUUAAAGCUUGCUGGGCAUUUUUAACACCGGUUACAUUAUUGGGCUUAUUGGGUUACUGCUUAUUGAAGUAUCAACCCUCCCAGUAUGGCAGCUACCAGUUCCCUUUCUGGUCAGAAGCAUUAGGCAUUCUCAUGGGUCUUCUCUCUUGCAUGAUGGUGCCAAUUGGGAUGCUGGUUGCUAUAUUAAAAGAAGAAGGGACACUUUGGGAGAGAAUACGCCAAGCCAGCCGACCUGCCAUGGAUUGGGGUCCAUCAAUGGAAGAAGACAGGACAGGCAUGUAUGUUAAUACCCUUGCAGGCAGCCAAUCCCCAAAACCAUUAAUGGUUCACAUGCGAAAAUAUGGAGGAAUCACAAGUUAUGAAAAUACAGCUAUUGAGGUGGACAAAGAAAUAGAGGAGGAGUCCAUGAUGUGAUGUUAAAGAAGAAAGCAGAAGGAACUGUGAAGAAUACAUAGACCUCCUUUCCUCCGGGGGGCUUAUACAUGCUUCCCUGGCACAAGGCCCAGCUGUUCUCAAUCUUGUGUCCAACCCUGCCCCUCUGAAUGGAGGUUCUAGAUUAUGAAACGCUAUCAGUUGAUAGUUCUAUGAGUGGAACUAUGUACAGAACUGUCGUUGUUAAUGUUUUGUUAAGGUAAUGUCACUGAGACCCUGUCUUGUCUCUGUGCUUUGAUAAAUCCAUACUUCCUUGUGUAUUUUCCAAGGGUUUGUUUCUACAGUGGUUGAUAUAAAGAUUAUG